AAGGUGUUAAUAUGUCUUGUUACUAACAAUGUGAGAGUAUCCCUUUCAAGUCCUCCGCUUCACCUCCACUUGUGGAAUUUGUUGUUCCAGUGGGACCGGACUUGCUAUAAAAAUCCAACACAUUAGGUCCCUUUCCCAUUCAGGCAGCUUGGGAACUUGAAGAGGCAUCUCUGCCAAGAGCAGUCUCCAGGGAGAGUGAUCAGUUCAUCCAUUCUCAUAAGCUGUUUGGUGACUGACAGAGGAUGAGUGUGAGGCUUGGCUGGAUGGUCUGUGUAGUCUGCCUAGCCACCACUGCCAGUGGAUUAACCCAGAAAAAGCUCAAGGAGGCUUUGCUGGAGAAACUGGGGCUCUCUGAGGUUCCAAAACUUCAGAAGAGAGAUCUAGUGAAUCUAGUUAUCCCAGAUCACAUAAGGAACAAAUACAUCUCCAUGUUGAGGCGCCACAGAGUGAAGAGAAGAGCUUUGCCAAGUUUGGCUGGCAUCCUGAGAGGAAUCCCGGGCAAUGCAGAUAUUGCAGGAGAAGUUCUCUAUUCUGAUACCACACGCCAGAAUCUGGUCUUUGACAUGGAAGGGAGAAUACCUGAAAACAGUGAAGUGAUGAUGGCUGAACUAAAACUUUUCAAAAAGCCCCUGAACAGAACGAACAUGCCUACAACCAAGCAAUCUCACCGGCCAGUCACUAACGCCAGAGUCAGCGUGUACUGGGUGCAGAUUCAAGCUGAUGGCACUAACAGGACUUCCCUGAUUGAUUCCAGGUUGGUUCCAAUAAUGGAAUCUGGUUGGAGGAAUUUUGAUGUGACCCAGGCUGUACAUUACUGGCUAAAAGCCAAGAAGCAGGGACCAAUGCUCCUGGAGAUUUGGAUUGAAGGAGAAAGGCUAGGUAGCUAUGCCUCAGAAAUGGCCAAAGUCGUGCGAUUUACCUCUCAGGAUCCUUUGGAUAAAGCCCUGGGCAAACCCGAGUUGGUGCUUUAUACCCUCAAUCUGGAAGACUAUGGGGGGCCUGGAGACUGCAAGGAGGAAAGCGUGACAAAGAAACCCAUCUGCUGCCGGCAGGAACACUACAUCAACUUCCGAGAACUGACCUGGACUCAGUACUGGAUUAUUGAGCCUGCGGGGUACCAGGCCUACAUCUGCAUGGGGGGCUGUGUGCAGGCCAAGAGCCUCUUGCGCCACUUUCGCUAUGGAGAAAGAACCUGUGCCGUGGUGGAGAGCUCUCCACUUCCCAUGAUGUACCUCGUCAAGAAGGGAAAUUACACGGAAAUUGAAGUGGCUGAAUUUCCUAACAUGAUCGUAGAAAAAUGUGGCUGCGUUAUGGACAACAUAGCAGUGGUGUAGAAUAAAGACAUAUGGCGCAGGCCCUGGCUGCUCUUGCAAGGGGGAGGGGACCUUCAGGAGCCCUUUCCUCCCUUUACCAUCAACCCUAGAUGCUGCAAAAGGGGUCGCAGACAUGGCUCAGCUCCCCUCCCUGCCCCUUCAUGCCAGCUGGUUGUUGGGGCUGGUGCAAAGGACUUUGAAUAUUGCACCCUGUAAAAGGGUUUGACGGUUGCUUGGAACUGCAUUUGCCCCGUUGAGGAAUAGUGCUGCCUGUGUCCUCUGCUAGCAGUGUGACUCUGGCCAUUGCACCCAGUGUGGUGCCCACUGCUAAUGCAGAAAUGGCCAAUAAAGACAGUCCGUAUAUAUACACAUGUAUUUUGCUGCCCUAUGUACUUGAUAAAUAUGAAGCCUGGCUCUCUCCUUACACUGGUGUAACACCAUUGACUUCAGAACCAGACUCAUAGCGAACGGCUGCAGAGGAAAGCAGAAAUAGCAAUGAUGAUUUCCAGCUGAAGAACUGUUGAACCAAUCAUUCUUAACCAUGUGUUGAAAUCUCAUGCCCGGUAAUUUUGUCUGUGUCAGUCUUGACCAUAAAAACAUACUUACCAUGAAUCACAGACCAGAAGCACUUAAAUUUAAAUACUUUACAACUCAAAACUGUCUAUUUCUCAUCUUUGUGCCAUAACUUUAGGGUCUGAUCCUUCCAUCCUGAAGUCAUUGGGAAUGCUGGGGGGGUAAAGACCACUCACAUGAUGAGUAAGGGUUUGCAGGAUCAGGCCCUUAUUUUUUCAAGUUGUAUGCCACUAUCAUUCCAGAGUAGAUUUUUUUUUCCUUCAGUCUUGUAUAUUUUGAAACACUAGGAAAACA